AUGUUGAUAGUUGGAGUAAACUUAAUGAUUUUUUUACCUUCAAAGCUUAAAUUUUAUAGCACUCUAACCGAUGAAAAUAUUACUGAUGACGAUUAUAUACAUGCGAAAAAUGUAUGGAACGUGUUUAAUAUAAAGACAUUAGGUGAAUACAGUGAUCAUUAUUUAAAAACUGAUGUUGCUAUACUAGCUGAUGUGUUUGAAAAUUUCAGAGACUUAUGUUUAUCUACUCUUGAGCUAGAUCCUGCUUAUUAUAUGACUGCUCCAGGAUUUGCGUAUGACUGUAUGCUUAAAUAUACUAAGAUCGAAUUAGAAAGGUUAAAAUGUCCUAACAUGCUUUUGUUUAUCGAGAACUCAAUUCGUGGGGGAAUAACUCAAUCAACUAAAAGGUAUGCUAAAGCAAAUAUACCAAAUAUUGAAGGAUUGAAUUAUAAUUCUAACGAACCGAUUACAUGGUUAACAUAUCUUGAUUGUGUAAAUUUAUAUGGAAAGUCUAUGUUAACAGAAUUACCUUUUAAAGAUUUUGAAUGGGUUGAUGACUUAAAUAUAGACGUAACUAAAAUUGCUGAUGAUUCUGAAGUUGGAUAUAUAUUAGAAGUUGAUGUCGACUACCCUAAAAAUUUGCAUAAAACUCAUAAUGAUUUCCCGUUUUUACCGUUAAACGAAUGUCCACCAAAUUCUAAUGUUAAGAAAUUGUUAACUACACUAUUACCGAAAAAAAACUAUAUUGUUCAUUACAAAAAUUUAAAACAAGCGAUUUCUCACGGUCUUAAACUUGUAAAAAUUCAUCGAGCUAUCCGAUUUUCUCAAAAGAAAUGGAUGGCAUCGUACAUUGAAUUAUGUACUAAAAUGAGAACAGAAGCUAAAAACGAGUUUGAAAAAGAAUUCUGGAAGCUUUUAAUUAAUAGUGUUUUUGGAAAAUGUAUGGAGAAUGUUCGAACAAGAAUUUCUAUAAAACUGAUUUCGUCAGAAAAAAAAGCUAAUAAAUUAAUGGCAAAAACUAAUUUUAAAGAUAGAACUAUAUACUCUAGGAAUCUUAUGGCUAUUCAUCAACAUAAGGAAACUAUUAAAUUCGAUAAGGCGAUUUAUGUAGGAUCUGCAAUUUUAGACGUUUCAAAAACUUUUAUCAUUCAAACGAAAAAUUUUUUCGAUGAUUUAAAAAAUGAUUUAUUGCCAUAUUUUGACACAUCUAAUUAUCCUAAAGACCAUUAUUGCUUUAGUGAAAUUCAUAAAAGCCAACCAGGAUUCUUCAAAGACGAACUUAAAUCAAUAAUUCUUAAAGAAUUCAUUUCAUUGAGACCGAAAUUAUACGCUUAUAAAACCAUAGAUGAUACUGUAGAAAAAAAAGCAAAAGAGAUAUUAAAUGCUUUUAUCAACCAUAGACCUGUUGAGAAAAAACAAUCUCACAGAAACAUGAAUUUCAUUCAAUCGAAUAAACAUGUUGUUCAUUCAAAAACAAUGAACAAGCUUGUUCUCAGUGCUAAUGACGAUAAAAGAUAUAUAAUGAAUGAUGGGAUAAAUACAUUGGCGUAUGGUCAUUACAAACUCACAAGAUAA